AUGGCCGCGAGAAAGCGUCCGGCCAGUGAAGGCGCUUCGACCUGUAGCAAGAAGGACUGUAACGGAAUCAUUCAUGAUGAAGAUGCACGCGUGGAAGUGGCUGUUUCAUUGCGAGGGGAGCCAGCACAUGCGGACAGCAGGAUCACGUGGCAAGAUGGAGCCCCCAUGGCUUUUCACAGAUCCUGCUGGGACUCGUUGCUCCAAAAACGUGCUUCUUUGCCUCGAGAUGACCUUCAGAGAUUGCAGCUGGCAGCAGCGACUGCUGAAUACUUUGACUCGGCUCAGGAAUUGAGGCAAAAAGCACAAGAAGCAGCAAGCUUGCUCCGUCAGAGUUCGCGAGCCAUUUGCUUCACUGGCGCUGGGCUCUCCACUGCGGCUGGCUUGGGCGACUACCGUGGCAAGCGCGGAAAGUGGACCCUUGAGGGCCAAGGUGUAUCGGAGGCCUACACCACGGUCUACGAAGAGUUGAGACCCACCUUCGGCCACGAAGCUGUUGCCAAACUCGUGGAGAUGGGGAAGAUUCGAUACGUUAUCAGCCAAAAUGCCGAUGGCCUGCAUCACUUGAGUGGCAUCCCCUACACGAAGCUCUCGGACGUACAUGGCUCAGCUUUCACUGAGUACUGCCCCAGCUGUGGAAAGCGCUAUGUGCGUCAAGAAUAUGCCCCGGAGGAUCGGGCUGAAGAUUUCUUUGCUGGAAGGCUGCCAGGACCGAUGCCUUCCCACAUCAAGGUUUGCCGGGGAUGUGGCAGCAAUCAUUGGACUGGCCGCAGCUGCGAGGAUUGUGGUCAGCCUCUUCACGACACGGUCAUCAGCUUCGGUGAUGGUCUGGAGGAAUGUGUCUUGCGACCUGCCUUCGAGCAUGCAGCUGAAGCUGAUGCAUGCCUAAGUUUGGGAAGCACCAUGAGCAUUGGGCCCUCGAACCAGGUGGUGCUGAUCCAAAAGGGGCCGCUGAUAGUCUGCGUGCGUCAGGAGGGGUGCGCGCAUACGGAGAUUGCGAUGAGUUUCUAUACCAUCUCAUGGUGGACAUGCUGGGCGAAGAAUAUGCUGAAUGGGAGGCUUCCUUGGAUCAGAAGAAGAAGACCUACGAUGCGCAGCGGCCUGCUACUGGUAAAAAGCGUGGGGACAUUUUUGUGA